CAUCUCCAUCGAUCACAAUCAUAUUCGACCAAAAGUCAUAUCGAUAAAAACAUAUACAACUAAAAAAAGUCCAAAAAAAUGGCUUUCAGAUUCAUGGUUGCAGUUUUCAGUGUAGUGGCCGUUGCCAACCAAUGCAACGCUGACUGUAUCCCCCUUCCACCUCCGUGCCUACCUUUACCUCCUGCACCCUUACCCCCUGCUCCUCUCCCAUCUUGUCCCCCAGCUACAAUUUCCCUUCCCGCUCCCAUAGUACUACCUGCACCUGCUCCUUUACCCCCCGUCUAUGCUCCUGCCCCUGUAUACGCACCCGCACCGGUAUAUGCACCUGCACCUUUACCAGCACCUGCACCAGUAUAUGCGCCAGCACCUGCAACGACUUACACUGUCCCAAUUGCGUCUUCUAUUCCUCUCAACCUUCCUGCAUUGACUAUUCCCGGACCGGAAGCACCUAAACUGUCCCUGAGCGGUGCUCCAAGCUUGUCCCUUCCUACCGCUGCUAUCUCUGUACCUGCCGCACCAGCCGUGGCGUUGCCUCCUCUGCCAGGCAAGAUCGCUUGCCCACCUGAGCCGAGCCCACAAAUUAUCGACCAUCCCGAUGUCGAUAUUCCUUUGGUGUUGCCAGCCGAUAUUCCAUUGGGUAAAUACUGCGCCUGCCAGAAAUACCAGAUCAAACCAUCGGUUGUGCCAUGUGGAAAAUAAGUCUGAAGAAUAGAAGAAGUUUUUUUCUGAAUAAAUAAAAUCAUACUUUUUUCUCAA